AACAGGUACUUUGCAGAGCACAGACUGCUGGCUGACGGGCUCACAGAUAAAGGAUUGUCACAUGGAAUAAAACACAUUUUAUGUAGCAGAUUGAGGUUUAAUUUAUCUUUUUACAUUCUAUUAAACAACUAAAUAGACCUGUUUACAUUUUCUAUCUUCAAAUUAAACGAAAAGGCCAAGCGAUGUUUUCCUUCUCUGUUGCCCUUCUCCUGCUGUGUGCCACACCUCUACCCACCACGGCUGUGGCACUGCCCUUUGCGCAGAAGGGCUUCAUGGACUUAGGAAAGCGCAUCGAUGUGGAGGGGCUGAUGAUGAUGAUGAUGAACGACGAAGAGGAUGGCUCAGCGGAUGGGGAACACUAUAAACCAGAUUACUUUAAACCAGAACAGCCUACCUGCCCAUUCGGCUGUCAGUGUAACCAGAAGGUUGUGCAGUGCUCUGACUUGGGUUUAUUUUAUGUGCCACAUGACAUCCCCCGGGAGACGAGGCUCCUGGACCUUCAAAGCAAUCAGAUCACAGAGAUAAGAGAGGAUGACUUCAAGGGACUCAGCAACCUCUAUACACUGGUGUUGGUGAAUAACAAGAUAUCCAGGGUGCACCCACGGGCCCUUAUGCCUCUCAAAAUGAUGCACAAGCUCUACUUCUCGCACAACCAACUAACAGCUGUGCCAAGAAACCUGCCCUCCUCCCUGGUGGAGCUGCGAAUCCACGACAACCACAUCAAGAGGGUGGCAGCUGGGGCAUUCUCUGGUCUGAGAAACAUGAACUGCAUUGAGAUGGGGAGGAAUCCUAUUCAGAACAGUGGUUUGGAACCAGGAGCCUUUGAUGGUCUCAAACUCUCUUUUCUUCGCAUCUCUGAGGCAAAACUCACAGGCAUCCCUAAAGAUCUGCCUGAGGGUCUACAUGAGUUGCAUUUGGAUGGUAAUCAAAUUCAAGCCAUUGAACAAGGAGAUCUAAACCAAUAUGAUGGUUUGUACAGGUUGGGUCUAGGCUAUAAUCAAAUUCGCCACAUUGAGCACGGCAGCUUGUACUACCUGCAAAACCUGAGAGAGCUGCAUCUAGAGAACAACCGGAUCAACAAUGUGCCUGGAGGCCUUGCUGGAAUGAAAUAUCUGCAGGUAGUCUACCUUCACUCCAACAACAUCAGCCAUGUUGACGUCAAUGACUUCUGCCCUGAAGGCUUUGGUGUGAAGAAGACUUACUACAAUGGAAUCAGUCUCUUCGAUAACCCAAUCAACUACUGGGAGGUGGAGCCAGCAACCUUCCGCUGUGUCAGCAAUGGGAUGGCCAUACAGUUUGGCAACCACAAGAAGUAGUGCAGGGGAGGGAUACACGCAACUUAGUUGCUUUGUUAAACGAUUCAAAAACAAUGUAUUGAUGGGAAGAGACUGAUGUUAAACGAUUCAAAAACAAUGUAUUGAUGGGAAGAGACUGAUGUUAAACGAUUCAAAAACAAUGUAUAGAUGGGAAGAGACUGAUGUUAAACGAUUCAAAAACUGUAUUGAAGGGAAUAGACUGAUGUUAAAUGAUUCAAAAACAAUGUAUUGAUGGGAGGAGACAGAUGUUAAAGGAUUCAAAAACAAUGUAUUGAUGGGAGGAGACUGAUGUAUGGUAAAAGGACGCCAACUAAAACACAGCUGAAGUCUGUUUUGCAUGCAUGGUAGUAUAUUGGGGUAUAUUGGAUGCUGUUGAAUAUUGGAAAGAAGUGGAACAUUCUUAUUGUCAUAAUUUAAUGAAAUAAUCUAUCAAUCAAAUGUAUUUCAAUAACAAUUUUGUUCUCCAUGCCAUUUAGGCCAAAUUUAGUCUGGUCCAUGGCAAUUUGUCAUUCUCUUUGAUUAUGUUCUAUGUUCAAAUGGCCUCUAAUCUCACAUCUGAUCUCAUGUUUUGGGUAUAUAAUAUAUUUGAAAGCACCUUGAUUAUGAAUUGAUUACUCUUAUAAACUUU